GUUAUACUUUUUGAAUAUUAUAAAGUAAAAAAAAAGCAUACUUUCUGCACAUUCUGAUCGUCUUGCAUUGCAUUAUGAUUCAUUCAACUUUUCAUCUCUUUCUGCAUUCGGGUGAUGAUUAUUAAGCUAGUCUACGCAAGCAUAAUCUGUCCAUUUUUGCCUCAAAUGUUGUAUGUAUAGUUGUAUCUGGGGUAGCCUUCCUAUUGAUAUUGGGUUGUUGUGGAGCAUCAAUGGGUGAAUCUUUGGUUGAAAGGCCAACUUUGGAGAAGAAGAUGGAUGAGUCCUUUAAGCCUAGUGGUGGACUGGAUGUGUCUAUUUCAUUUGGUAGAUUUGAGAAUGAUGUUCUCUCUUGGGAGAAAUGGUCGUCAUUUUCACCGAAUAGGUAUUUGGAGGAGGUCGGGAGUCUAUCGAAUCCCGGAUCAGUAGCUCAGAAGAAGGCCUAUUUUGAGGCUCACUACAAGAGAAUUGCUUCUAGGAAAGCUGAGGAAUUGGAGGAGGAAAAGUCCAUAGUCCCUGCUGCUCGUAGCUUAGAUGAGUGGAGCAAUGAUGAUUUUGUGGAGGGUUCGUGUGGGAUCGAUGCAGAACUAGGUCUGUCCAACGGUGAUAGAUCAGUUGAGGUGGCUGCAGAGGCAGAGUUUGCAUCUACUAAUGCAACUUCUGCCAAUGCAUCAAAAAAAGAUGACGAUAGUUUAGAUUCUAGUAAGGAGGAAUCCACGUUGGAUGUUUUCGUAGAUGGGAUUAGGGAAAGAGACCGUGCUGAUGUUGGAGUCGAGAGUGAGGGGUGUUUGGCUGACGAAGGUAAGGAAGAGUUUAACCGUGAGGCAGUCGAGCUUGGACCUAAUGCCACUGUAGAAGCUGCUUCGCCUGAGGUGGAGAAGCCUCCGAGAAAGAAAAAUGGUGCAAAGGAAUUAACUCCUAAGUCGAAUGUAGCUCGGAAGGCGAAUUCGACUAAAAGGGACACAAACUCGAGUAGGGUUCAGGCGAAGCCUUUGCCAUCUUCGACUCCUAGGAAUUUCAAGGCAGCGCCAGUGUCCACUCCCACAUCCGCUUCACAGCCCUUGAUGAAGAGAGCAAAUGGAUCACAGGUGACUAAAAGCGUGAGAGGAGCUUCCAAGUCGUUGCACACGUCUCUUAUAUUGGAUCCGAGAUCUUUUCCUGCUCAAUCCAUGACUAGGAGGUCACUGAUGGUGGAGAAGAUGGGGGAUAAGGACAUCAUCAGACGAGCAUUCAAGACUUUCCAGAAUCGCGUGGAUGGAUCUUGCAACGAGGGCAAAUCCAGCACUGUGAAGAAGGUGACAUCUACUCCUUCGGAGGCGAGGGUCUCGACUCCUCCCAUUCGUAGAACGAGGGAUGAUGCUGAAAAGGCGUCUGCUCGAAGGAAUCAAGCUGGAACAAGAUCAAAACCUUCUGAGACCAGCAGAUCGUAUAGAGGUAGUCUGGUGAUGGAUAAGAAAAACACGAACAUAUCUGCUGCCUCGUCUAGCAUUAGCUUCAGAAGCCAUGACAGAGCUGAGAAAAGGAAAGAGUUUUUGAAGGAUUUGGAGGUGAAAUCAGUGGCCAAAGCAGCAGAAAAUGCUCAACUUAGUGCAAAAUCAAAGGAAGAAAAGGAUUCUGAGCUUAGAAGAUUGAGAAAGAGCCUCAAUUUCAAGGCCAAGCCUCUGCCUUCCUUCUAUAAGGAUCGGACGAAAGCACACCUCGAAAAGGAUCCUCGCAACAAGGAGCUCCACUAGCAACUAAAGAAUUCGUGCCACAUGUCCGGUGACAUGGAGCUUACUCCAGAAGCAUCAGGCUCUUUGCUAGCUGAAAAAUUAUGGCAAUUUUUGGAAGGUGUGUGAAGCUGCAUAGGAUUGUAACAUGUGAUAGCCAUUUAAACUGCAGUGGUAACUUUUUUUUUUAUCGAUUUAUUGUUUGAAAGAUUCGUAUGUAUAUAUAGUACUAGUAUUAGUACGUUUUUAUGUGAUCACAUUUGUUAUUAGUUGUGAAUUUUUCAGAAUGGAAAUUUUAUGCUA